AUGGGUCCCCGGAUAUGCUGCAUAUACGAUCUCGCUUUCAAACCUGACGGAUCUGAAAUAUUAGUAGCAGCAGAUAACAAGGUUAUCAUUUACGAUGGAAUUGAUGGAACUCUACUUCAAACGUUGAAGGGUCACAAGGAACUCGUGUAUACUGUCGAUUGGUCCCAUGACGGAGAAACGUUUGCCUCAGGGAGUGCUGAUAAAUCAGUAAUUUUAUGGACCGAACAACAUGAAGGGACUUUAAAAUUCACACAUUCUGAUGCUGUUCAAAGAAUCGCUUUUUCACCAGUUUCGCCUAUUCUUCUAAGUUGUGCUAUUAGUGAUUUUGGAAUAUGGUCGACGACCGACAAAAAUGUUGUGAAACAACGAGUGGAAUCGCGAUGUUGUUGUUGUGCAUGGAACAAUGAUGGAACACUAUUUGCCAUUGGGCAUGCUGAUGGUACCGUUACUAUUCGAAAAUGCUCCAAUAUUACUGAUGAUUCCUUCACAAAAAUGGACAGAACUGGAGAGCCCGUAUGGUCUGUUGCCUUCAGCUCAUAUCCUGACAUGACCGUAAUAAGAAAUACCGAUGAUACCGCGGCUUCUGAGAUAUUAGCUGUGGCUGAUUGGAGCAAAAAUCUUGCAUUUUAUACUCUCGAUGGCACCAAGGUCGAAAAAGAAUAUAAUUUGGAUUUCGAACCGCAUUGCAUGGAAUAUUUCAACAAUGGGCAGUUUCUUUUAGUCGGAGGAUCCAAUAAACAAUUAAUGAUGUAUACACGAUUCGGAGUUCCCUUGGGUGUCGUGGCAAUCAUGGAUACUUGGAUCUGGUCAGUUCGAUCGAAGCCGAAUUCGACUUCUGUUGUGAUUGGUUGCGUCGAUGGAACAAUCGCAUGCUAUAAUCUCAUGUUUAGUACUGUACAUGGAUUAUAUCACGAGCGUUAUGCAUUCCGAGAAAAUAUGACGGAGAUUGUUAUUCAAAAUUUACUCGAACAUACUUCAACUCGUAUUCGAUGUCAUGAUCAUGUUAAGAAAUUAUCGUUAUACGGACAGAAGUUGGCGGUCCAAUUAUCCGACAAACUUGUGAUAUAUCGUCAAACUUCUGGAGAAAAUGAGCCGUUGGAAUACAAAAUUUGCGAUAAAAUUAUGAAAGUCUUUGAAUGCCAACUUUUGGUCGUUUCUGCAAAUCAUAUAAUUCUUUGCCAAGACGAAACUUUGAUAUGUUACGAUCAGAAAGGGUUAAAGCAGAGAGAAUGGGUAUUAGAUUCGCAAAUUAGGUACAUCAAGGUUGUUGGCGGGCCUCCUGGCCGCGAAACACUGGUUGCAGGACUAAAAGAUGGACAAAUAUACAAAAUUUUUGUAGACAAUCCAUUUCCAAUCGAGAUUUUAAGACUUUCAUCCGCUAUUCGAAGUGUUGACUUGAAUUGUUCAAGAACAUUGGCUGCUUGCGUUGACGAUAAUCAAGUGUGUUCCGUAUACGAUCUUAAAACGAAGGAGUGCCAAUUUCAAGAGCCAAAUUGCAAUAGUGUGGCAUUCAAUACACUCAAUGAGAAUGUUUUCUGCUACACAACUAAUGCGACACUUACCGUUCGUGCUCUUCAUUAUCCGGGUCACACACAAAAAAUGAUGGGUUACGUUGUUGGCUUCGCGGGAAAUAAGGUUUUUUGCCUUCACAUGUAUCAUUUAAACGCAUUCGAAGUACCAUUUUCGAUUCAAGUCUACCAAUAUGUGGAAAACAAAAGAUUUAAAGAUGCUUUUCGAUUAGCUUGUCUUGGCGUCAUCGAAGAUGACUGGAAUUUUCUUGGUCGAAGCGCUUUGAUUAAUGGCGAUUUGGAAAUAGCCGCGAAAGCGUUUACGCGAACUCGAGAAUAUCGGAUGCUACAACUGAUACGCGAAAUUCAAGAAUUGUUGAAGAAUGGCGAACCGGAGACCGUUAUUCAAUGCCAUAUAAUGGCAUACGACGGAAAGUUUCGCGAAGCUGCGCAAAUGUUGCGCGAAAACGGCUUCGAAAAUAAAGCAAUGGAAUUAUUCACUGAUUUGAGAAUGUUUGAAGAUGCUCAAGAAGUUAUGGUUACCGCAUCUGGAGAAACGAAAAAGAUGUUAAUGAGAAAGCGCGCGGUUUGGGCAAAAGAUUCGAAUCAACCAAAAGUGGCUGCAGAAAUGCUCAUUUCGUCCGGUGAUCUUGACAAAGCUGCUCAACUAAUCAUAGACAAUGAUUGGCUAGAAUUGGCAAUUGAUAUUUCACGGAAACUUGAUCGAACCGAUAUUGAUACUGUUAGAAAGUUAGCAACAUAUUUUGUUAGGAAACACGAAUAUGGAUUGGCAUCGAAAAUCUAUAGUAGUGUAAACGACACGAAAUCGAUAGUGGAGAUGCACGUAAAUGCGGGACAUUGGACUGAUGCAUUUGCAAUUGCUGAUCGAUAUCCGAAAUAUGUUGAGGAUGUCUAUCUACCAUAUGCACGACAUUUAGCAGAAAGAGAUCAAUUCGAAGAAGCUCAAAAAGCAUUUCAUAUGGCUGGCAAAGAGCAAGAAGCAUUGUAUGUCCUUGAGCAGCUCACGAAUAAUGCUGUUCAUGAAAAUCGGUUUGCUGAUGCCGGGUAUCAUUAUUGGCUUCUUAGCCAACAAUACCUGGAAAGAAGCAGAGAUAAUCAUGAGCUAAUCGCAAAGUAUUCGCAGGCUGCAAUAUUCGCCGAUAUCUAUUAUGCUUAUGAUCAAGUCUUUUUGUAUUGCAACCAACCAUUUUCGUUUGAAAGGCCGGAAAAUAUUUUGAACAUGGCUCGAUUUUUGGCUUUCCAACCAUCAGCUGAAUGUAUAUCUCAUGUUUUUAUUUACUACACAAUUGCUCGAAUUGGAGCGGAGUGUGGAGCUUACAAAUCCGCGAGACAAGCUUUGGAGCAGCUCACACAUCUUCGAAUACCGCGAUAUCUUGAUUAUCAGAUUGAUGUUAUGACAUUGAAUAUUAGAGCCAAGCCAUUCUCGGAUGAUGAAUUAAUGCAGCCAAUGUGCUACCGAUGCGGGCUCAACAAUCCAUUUCUUGGUGGAAUGGUUUGCAUUCACUGCCAAACCCCAUUCAUCAUCUCGUUUGCAACAUUUGAUGUUUUGCCGCUUGUUGAAUUUCAAAUUGAGUCGGAUAUUAGUCACGACGAAGCGAUGCAAUUAAUAAAUGCGGAACCUCCACUUUCUGAAUCGGAAUACAAUCCGAUUCGAAUUGCUCAACAACAAAAGAAAAAUGGGACGAAAGCGAUCGUCCUGAACCGAGAUGAGCUUUCGCGCCUUGAACAAGGACAAGUAAUUGUGCUCAAUUAUCCGCCACCACUGACACCUAAAUAUAUAUUCAACACAAUGCCGACAAUAACGAUUUCGCAGUGCAAAUCAUGUUGCAAACUAUUCGAUCUUGAUGAUUUCGAAAUGGCAGUUCUGCAGAAAGGUCAUUGCCCAUUCUGUAGAACAUCACAAGAAAGAAGCGACAACUACAUUCUUGACGAUGAGGAGAAUGAAGAACGGAAUGACACAGUUCCCAAUUUUGGUCAAUUCGCCAACUUUGUUCGUUAA